UUUCUCAAAAGUUUGUUUAAUUUCUUCAAUAUUUCAAUGGAAGCAAUGAAGAUGAAUGUUUUCUUGGUGGUUCUGAUGGUCGUGUUGGUGGCCAUGUCCGGUAUUCAUAAUGUAGUUGUUGUGGAUGCGCCUGCACCUGCUCCUGCCGCGGAUGCUUCCAUAUUUGUACCGACCGUCUUUGCUUCUCUUGUAGCUCUUGCAUUUGGGCUUCUCUUCUGAUUGAGCUAGCUUGCAUGGACAUCGACUAAUGGAGUAUAUAUAAAGCUCUUUGUCCGUCCAAUAAAUAUUUGAUUUUAUUUCGUAGAAGUAACUUGUGUAGAGUUUUAUGUUUUUAUUAGCAUUUUAAUUUCAACUCAAUCUUCCUGUUCCAAGAUGUCUAGUUUCUUGGUGUGUUCUCAUAUGAGUCCGUUAGGUCAUUGAGACGAAGAGGUUGAGCUUCAUCUAUUUGUAUAU